AUGUCUCGCAACAUUCGUCAAAAAUACCCCGCAACGGCGGCCAAAGCCCAAAAGCGUCGUCGUGGUUCGGACACAUCAUCGUCCCUUGAUCUCUCGGACGAAGAGGGUUACUCAGCCGUCGAAGACAUUAGCGACUCCGAAGACAACGAUGAGGAGGAUGUAACGGCGGUCGAGGAGGCAAUCAUACUCACAGAGGAUAUAUCCAAUUCCCCUGGCGCUCCUCGACCGCAGUCGGAUGACGACGAAGAAGAUGCUGACGAUGACGAUGCUGAAGAGGCCGAGGACGAGGACGAUGAUGCGGAUGAUCUCCCCGAUGAUGCGGAUGCUGAUAAUGCAAGCUGGGCUGGCAUCCUAUCUGACGUUGAUGACGGCAAUGCAUCCGACUUUUACCAUGAUCCCAAUGCUUUUGCUUCAGAUCCCAUUAUAGAGCGCCAUGUUCGUUUUGAUGUGCCGGACAGCGACUCUGAUUCUACCGAAACAGAAGAUGACCACGCCGAUCUUUUCCCCGAUAUUUUUGUCUCGCAGAAUUCACUCGACCCUGCUUUCCGCAAAGAGAUUGAACACGACCCUGAUGAAUCGUCCGGCUCCAAUUCUUUUUGGGACUACCAUGGCCAUUACGAGGAAGAGGAGGAAGAAGACUCGGAAUCAGAAGCCGAGGAAGUGGUUCGACAACUUUCUGACGACGAAAAUGCACUUGCCAAGCCCGUUCCCAGCGUUGCUAGUGCGACUGAAAAUUUUACUCCCACCUUUGAAGAACCUCUAGAACUUGAUGGUUAUGAGUCUGAUGGCGACACAACUGAUGAAGAAGACAUCCCCGAGCCUGUCAUCCGCAAGAAGGCUCGACGUCAGUCUAAUGCAAUGAGCGAUGAAGCAUCAGACUCAGAGGCAGACUCCCCUGUCAAACCAGAGCGUGGCCAGCCUCGCGUGGGCCGCUUCAACCUAGACCGGUCUGACAAAAAGCCCAUUGCUGUCCUUAACCCCCUGACACGCAAGAUGAUGAUCUUCACACCCCAUCGACGGCGGCAGCUGGACCUGUCACCUGAGCAGUUUAACUUCCCCUGGGCCAUCGAGGAGCAAUCACCCUCGCUGCUUAGCAACUCGGCCAACAUGAUGCUCAGCGCCAUGUUCUCUUCCAACACCUUUGGUGACUUCGUCAAUGCUCAGGCCAUGGGACCCGCCGAGGCAUUCUUCCCCUUUCAAUCCGCAGCCAACGACGAUAACAGCUCGACAUCCCCCAGCAUGGAGGAUGAGGACGAGGACGACGAAGAGAAGCUCAACAUCAACGACUUCAUUACGUUUGGCGAAGCUGCCGAUGAUGAGUCGUCAGGCGACGAAGGAAACGACGAAAAAUGGGGCGCAUCGCCAAAGCGCCCGACCACUGCCUCUGGGGAGGUCCUGUCGCAUCUCAACUCGGAUACUGUUGGCGCCUUCCGUCGCAAUCAAAUCAACCAACAGCUGAUUCUGAGCAACCAAGCGACCCAAGACUCUCUGGCCUUCAGCGGGCCGUACAACUACACCGCCCUUCGGGGCUUAAAAUCGGAUCGCUUUGACACUGCGGCCGUUCCUCUGACUCCAGUUAGACGGCACAAGAAGCAGUUGAGUGAAAUGAACCGCGCCCCUCUCGAAUCGGCCUCCACGAAGCGAAAGGCUCCGAGCGAGGCCGGCGGAAGUAAACACAAGAGACACCGAAGUAUUUCUUCUGAUGUCAACUUCCUACGGCUCUAA